ACACAAACAAACGAAGUGGCGAGAGACAUGUUGAACGAUGAACAACGGCAACUGAUGACACGGAUCGUCCUUAAUUCCGGACGUUAUUUUGUGUCGGGACCAGCGGGCACGGGGAAAUCGACUCUUCUGCGUGCUCUUUGCGAGGUAGUACGUGAACACGGAGUGUAUGAACCCAUACGCCUUGCACCCUCUGGCGUUGCAGCAGCGAACAUUUCAGGGCAAACUAUCCAUAGC